UCCCUGCUUUUUGCCUUGGUGGUGGUAAGAUUACAAUUGUCUUUUCUCCGGUGCUUAACUGCCAAAAUUAGCGGCUGUUUGGUUAUGUGCGAAUCGGGUGUAGAGAAGACGUUUGGUAAAGAAACUUGAAUGAACUGAAUCCUUCAUUGUUUUGUGGAGGAUUUAUAUAAUGUUGUGCUCGGAGAAUGUAAAUGAUAUAGAAGAUAUCAUAAAAAAGGGUGAUGUGACUACAAAUAAUGGACAAUUAGUAAGAAACGAUGUUUUGCCCAAAUUUAGAAAAGGCAAACGUAAAAAUCAGGAGAGUUUUGAUGUUAGAGAACCUGUUUCAGAUAGUAUUAUACCUGGAACACAGAAGAUUUACAUCAAAACUUGGGGAUGUUCUCAUAACAAUAGUGAUAGCGAAUAUAUGGCUGGUCAAUUGGCUGCAUUUGGAUAUAAAAUUAUCGAUGAACCAGCUCUGGCAGAUCUUUGGCUUUUGAAUAGUUGUACUGUAAAAAAUCCCUCUGAAGAUAACUUUAGAAACAAUAAAAAAGCAAAAGAAUGGGGUAAACAUGUAAUUUUGGCAGGUUGUGUUUCUCAAGGACAGCCAAAUCAUGCAAGCCUACGUGGUCUAAGUAUAAUAGGGGUGCAACAAAUUGACAGAAUAGUUGAAGCAGUAGAAGAGACAUUGAAAGGUCAUACAGUUAGGAUAAUUAAACAAAAGAAAGAGAAUGGAAGAAAAAUUGGGGGAGCAAAGUUAGAUUUGCCGAAAAUUCGAAAAAAUCCACUCAUUGAGAUUAUUGCUAUCAGUACAGGUUGCCUAAAUCAAUGUACAUAUUGCAAAACAAAACAUGCAAGAGGGAUAGGAAGUUAUUCUCCUGAUGAGAUUCUUGCUCGAGCUAAACAAGCUUUCCAAGAGGGUGUUGUUGAAAUUUGGCUAACCAGUGAAGACACAGGAGCUUACGGACGAGAUAUUGGAUCAUCGUUACCUGAGUUACUAUGGCAACUGAUUGACGUCAUUCCUGAAGGUGGAAUGAUGAGACUUGGAAUGACGAAUCCACCGUAUAUUUUAGAGCACUUGGAGGAAAUCGCAAAGAUAAUGAACAGUUCUAAGAUGUAUUCUUUCUUACAUUGUCCAGUACAAAGUGCAUCUGACAGUGUUUUAGCGGACAUGAAACGUGAAUACUGUAUUGAUGAUUUUAAACAUGUUGUUCAAUAUCUCAGACAAAGAGUUUCCAAUAUCACCAUUGCAACUGAUGUUAUUUGUGGUUUUCCUACGGAGACUGAGCAGGAUUUUGAUGAAACGAUGAAAGUAGUUGAACAGUUUAAAUUUCCUAGUCUGUUCAUCAACCAGUUUUAUCCUCGUCCGGGAACUCCUGCAGCGCGGAUGAAGAGACUGGAUACGGCCAUUGUGAAAGGACGUACGCGGAGAAUUACAAAACUAUUCAAUUCUUAUCUACCUUAUGAUCAUAAGUUAGGAGAAAAUCAAAGAGUUUUGAUCACAGAAGAAUCUCACGAUGGAAUCCAUUACGUUGCUCACAAUAAAAGUUAUGAUCAGGUGCUGGUUCGUAAAGAUGAAGGUGAUUUAAUGGGGAAAAUGGUGGAAGUUAAAAUAAUAGAAACUGGAAAGCAUUUUUUGAAAGGAAGGCUCCUUAAAGAUAAUCCUAUUUUUACGCCAAGUAUUGCACCACCGCUAUCAAAAGGAGUUGUUAGUGGCAUUUCAAAGACAUCGAAAUCCUUUUCUACAACUUCUCUCAAAUCAAACGUUGAGUUUUGGAUAAAAGGUGCUCUUUUAGUUUUAUUCGUUGCUGUCGUAUUGGAUGUGAUGAGAAUUAGCAGGCACUGGCUUCAAACUUGACGUUUUGGAUGAAGUUCAUAUUAAAACAUAUAUAUUGUCAUCAAAUGAUGAAGAAAUACGGUAGAGUAGCAAGAUUUAAAACGCACAAUAAAUCGACAGGAACAGUUAUACGCAUGCGUAUGUGAUGUAUUUAAAACAUGCUGUCCCACAUUUAUGAUUUUAUGAUUAUUGUGUGUGCUUAUAUAGUAAUAUCAAGUUAUUAAUAUUGCUUGUGACGAAGAAAUCACCAUUCGCCUUGGCUGGCGGAUACCGCUCACCUUUGUGAGAGAAUGUGGUAUUUCUGAAGCACA